AACAAUUGUUUUGCAAAUCCGUAGUAAAAAAAUAGUGUAACACAAUGAACAAUAAAACCAAUGCACCGGUAGAUACAAAAAACACUAAAUCUCGUUCAUCGGACGCUAAUCAGUGCUCAAUAUGUUUGGAAACCAUUGAGAACAGGUGUCGGUCAAACAUAUGUGACCAUCAAUUUUGUUUGCAAUGUUUGCAUCAUUGGUCUACUGAACACAAUCGAUGUCCAGUUUGUCGCCAAGAGUUUACCGAAAUUUGGCAUAACUUUAGAGGAGACAAUGCAACAACAACAACGAAAACAAUGGCCACCGAACACGACACCAUACCAGURCCCAAUAGAGAGCGAGAGUUGAACUUUGGUGGUGSUGGUGGUGGUCUAAUAGUUUUUGCACCGCUCAUGUUUGGCCAAAUGUUUGGUAUGAUGGAUGAUCAUGACCAGCGUAUAUUUGACCUUAUGAGACAGGACAGGGAUAUGUUGAAUACCGGGCCCAGCAGUGCYGACUCCACUGAAACACUGCUCGAUGGUAAUAGUCGAUUGGUAGCGGCGCCGCCUGACGCAGCAGCCGAUCAGCCCAAUCAUGUCCAGUACCGUAUAGUUGGUCCCAAUUCGGUACAGAAUAUAGAAAUCUCGGCGACCAAUGGAGAGAACGGUACGGUGCGAACCAUGCGAUCGGUGACUUUCAGCUGGUCUGGUAAUAACAAUCAACAAUCAAUGAACAAUAUGUACGACAACAACGACAACAAUAUUAACUUCAAUGCAAUCGACAGCAACAGUAGUUUWGAUGGCACUAAUAGGCUGCCAUUAGAUGAAACGGAUCGACAGUUGCAGGCUAUUCGCCAACAGAGGCGCGAAAUGUUUUACAGAAACCGUAACCAUCGGAUAAACCCGUUUCCCGACAUUUUGCCGACAUCGAUACAAACGCCUGGUGCUCAGUAUAAUCAUCAAAAUAUGUUUCAAAGAGCAACAAUUGGUCCGCGUGUUAUGCGACAAAACUAUUGGCGACAACAGCGACAACAGCGCCGAUACCAUCCAUACCGACGAGAAGUCGAAGAUAUGCAUCGAGCGACCGGACGAGCGAUAGGUCGUCGAUYCGUCAGWCUUGGCCACWGGUCAUCAGCGGCACCGCCGCCGCCGUCAACUAAUCGCUCAUUUGGGACCGYAUCAGAUGACAGUAAAUAUGAUAGCGAUCUGUCCGAUAGUGAUAGYAGUAAUUAUAGAGAUGAUAGUUAUGACAGUAAUGAUGGACAACAAUCGGGUCAUUACUGAAAAAGUUCCAAUAGUUAUAUCGUAUAGU